CUCGUGUCUCAGGUUAAGUCUUCCCGCCAAUCGGAACUAUCCGCACAGCGGCUUGUGUUGUGUGGGGACCGGCUCCUGGCUCCUUAGAUUUCCUGGAGGUGGCGCCAGACCGGAGUGGCAGUUGUCGAAGCCAGUGGAUGCGGAUGUUGUUGGGAAGGAGCCAAUGAGGAACCUGGCUAAGGGGAAGUGGCGGUCAUUUGUUUGCGGAUGUGUGAUCAUGUGCGACCGGGUCUGGAGGAACAUGGGGUUGUGUCAGAGAUGGCUCCGGCUCCGACUCUGGCUCCCGGGGUUACGAGCCUGCGGGCUACACACGGUGCGUCAGGCAGCUGUGCCCACCCCUCCACACUGGUUGGUGGAGCGUCUUGGCCUUUUUGAGGCACUAUGGGAUGCUCAGGCAAAGAAAUUAGCAAGCAAGGCACAGAAAGAACACCGGACUCUUUGGGUAUCACUUCCUGGAGGACAGAAAGUGGAUGCUGUGGCGUGGAACACAACCCCUUACCAUCUGGCCCAACAAAUCAGUUCAACACUGGCAGAAACUGCAGUGGUGGCUCAAGUGAACGGAGAGCUUUAUGAUCUGGAGCGGCCUUUAGAGACAGACUGUGAACUCAAAUUUCUGACAUUUGAUUGCGCAGAGGGAAAAGCGGUCUUCUGGCACUCUAGCACCCAUGUCCUGGGGGCAGCAGCUGAACAGCUCCUGGGUGCUAUUCUCUGCAGGGGUCCAAGUACAGAUUGUGGCUUCUACCAUGACUUCUUCCUGGGAAAGGAACGAACAGUCCACAGCUCAGAGAUGCCUGUUUUGGAACAAAUCUGCCAAGAACUUGUAGCUUCUACUCAACCUUUCAGGAGACUAGAAGCUUCCCGGGAUCAGCUUCGCCAACUCUUUAAGGAUAACCCUUUUAAGCUUCACCUGAUUGAAGAGAAAGUGACAGGUCCAACAGCCAUAGUGUAUGGGUGUGGCAUGUUGGUUGAUCUUUGCCGAGGCCCCCACCUUCGGCACACUGGGCAAAUUGGAGGACUGAAACUGCUGGCGAACUCGUCAUCGGUCCUGCAGUCUUCAGGUACUAAGGAGUCACUGCAGAGAGUGUCAGGUAUUUCCUUCCCCACAGCAGAGGGCCUGAGGGCCUGGGAAAAACAGAGAGAGGAAGCAGUACUACGUGACCACCGCCGCAUUGGGAAGGAACAGGAGCUCUUUUUCUUCCAUGAACUGAGUCCUGGGAGCUGUUUCUUCCUGCCUCGAGGGACAAGGGUGUAUAAUGCACUGGUGUCUUUUAUUAGGGCUGAGUACACCCGCCGUGGCUUCUCAGAAGUGAAGACCCCCACUUUGUUCUCUACAAAACUCUGGGAACAGUCAGGGCACUGGGCACACUAUCAGGAAGACAUGUUUGCCCUGCAUCCCUCAGGCCAUGGUAGGCCCACCUGUUCCCAGCAUGACCACUCAGCCACCAGGCCUGCAGACAUGCUCGCCCUCAAACCCAUGAACUGCCCUGCGCACUGCCUGAUGUUCGCCCACCGGCCCAGAUCCUGGCGAGAGUUGCCCCUGCGACUGGCUGACUUUGGGGCCCUACACCGGGCAGAGGCCUCUGGCAGUCUUGGGGGACUAACCCGGUUACGGUGCUUCCAGCAAGAUGACGCUCACAUCUUCUGCACAUCAGACCAGUUGGAAGUAGAGAUCCGCGGCUGUCUUGAUUUCCUCCGCUCUGUCUACAGUGUUCUUGGCUUCUCCUUCCACUUGGCAUUAUCCACUCGGCCACCUGGCUUCCUGGGAGAGCCCCACCUUUGGGACCAGGCUGAGCAGGUCCUUCAACAGGCCCUGGAAGAAUUUGGAGAACCCUGGAAACUCAGCCCUGGAGAUGGUGCCUUCUAUGGGCCUAAGAUUGAUGUGCACCUCCACGAUGCCCUGGGCCGACCCCACCAGUGUGGGACAAUCCAGCUUGACUUCCAACUGCCUCUGAGAUUUGACCUGCAGUACAAGGGGCAGGCGGGGGCCAUGGAUCGUCCAGUCCUCAUUCAUCGAGCAGUACUGGGUUCCGUGGAAAGGAUGCUGGGUGUGCUGGCAGAAAGCUGUGGAGGAAAAUGGCCUCUGUGGCUGUCCCCAUUCCAGGUAGUAGUCAUUCCUGUGGGGCCGAGGCAAGAGGAGUAUGCCAAGGAGGUACAACAAAACCUGAAGGCCGCAGGACUGGUAGGUGAUCUGGAUGCCGACACAGGACUGACCCUCAGCCGCAGAGUCCGCCAGGCCCAGCUCGCCCACUACAAUUUUCAGUUUGUGGUUGGCCAGAAAGAGCAAAAAAAGAGAACAGUGAACGUUCGCACCCGAGAUAAUUGUCGGCUUGGGGAGCGGGAUCUGGCAGAGGCUGUGCAGCGUCUGCUGGAACUCCAGGCCUCUCGGAUCCCAAAUGCUGAAGAACUUUUCUGAACCUUUAUGUAUGAAUAUACUAGAGACCUGCAGGAGCCAGUAGACCACCCUGAAUGUAGGAGACCCAUAUUCUUUACUGACAGAUAAUGGAAUCCUAUAAAACCCUCAGAACUCUUGUGAAAGUGUGGAUUUGCACUCCUGUGGAGGGAUCUCGUCUGGGGGAGGCUGCAGCUAUUUGGAUGUGAGGAGAGAGAAACUGAAAAUAAUAAACUUUUAAGUUCCUGA